GCGGGAAGUUUUGUACCGGAGAGACUGAGAUGAGGUGACCGGAGCUGAUCCCCCCCCCCCCUCACCGCUAUGGUCGGGGUGCUCGCCGUGUCCGCCCCGCUGGAGGACUACACCGUGCAGCCUUGUAAGAAACAACGGAAGGAUGACGAUCCCCUGAGUAAACCCAUCACUAACUACUUCUCGCCUGUGUCCAGGAGCGGUGAGAAGGGGCUGACCUCUCCGAAGAGCAGCAGCAUAGCCGACUACUUCAUCAGAAGCUCCCCGACUCCCAGUGACAAGACCGCCGUCAUCACCAAGGACACGCCCUCAACCCCGCCGACAGGCUCUUCUAAACCGGCCAGCAGGAUAGGGAAGCGCACCAAACUGGUCAAGAGGCUGAGUGAUGUGGCGCCCCCUGCUGGCGGUAGACACAGCGGCAUUAUGGGUAGUGACACUGCCGCUCUACUAGCGGAUAUCUGUGGUCGGACCGCAGACCUGGCCGGUGAUGAUGUCAUGUUUCAGUCAGAAACCUCCGAUGGGGGAGGCAUGUCUAAACCUCGAAGGGGGCAAAGCCUGAAGAGGAGGGACAUGGGGGAGGGGCAGGUUAUUGGGGAGCCACCAAAUCAACAACCACUGCCCAUAAGAUCUAGUGUUUCAUCAGAAGUGGACUCCAGCCUUGAGGUCCACGCCGACAACACCUCCGACAACCCUGCCACUUUAACCAUAUCGUUUGAGGAUUUCAUGAAAAGCCAAGAAGAGAAAGAUCAGUCUGAAUGCAGUUCGGUGGAUUCCUCAGGCGGUGACCCCAAGAUGGCGCAGCUGCCCUCUCCUAAGAUGGUGAUCGUCCAGGCGCAGGUUCACCUCUCGCCACCUCUGCCGGAACAAAAAUCUACAAACAUUGCUUCCAUCUUUAAGAAGCAGAAAGUCGGCAUUAAGAAGGCGAGCACGCCGCCCCCCGAGUGUCAGCAGGUCGGCCAUCUUCUCCCCAAGAGGAGGUCCAACGUGGUCAUACAAGAGGAAGAUCUGGAAUUAGCCGUGAUCGAUGUGGAGCACAGAAAACCCACCAAAAAGAAGUCCACCCCGGCCGAAAGGCAGCAGUUCAUGAACGCCUUCCGACAAGCAGCCGAACCAUCGAAACCCAACGCUAAGAAGAAUCCCGCCAGAAAGAAAGAUCUCAAGGAAGCAACGGAGAACCAGCAAGAACUGGAAGCCGAGGAGCAGGCGCCCGACAAAGUGGUCACUGAGAACAAGGCUGAGGAGACAGACAAGCCCUCGAAAUUAAAGAGGAAGAAGAAGAAGCCUCCUCCAAGCCCAGAAUCGUCUGGGCCGGCACCCCCGCUUCACUGCAGUCCUGUCUUAAGGAGGAGUUUAAGGAGUCAGAAGUCGACUCCCGCCAGAAAGUCCCCAGAGAGGCCAUCAGCAGAGAGUCCCAUACUGAUGUCCACCCCAAAAGUGAGAGCUCCCUGCCAAAGAAGUGAUGAUGUCUACAAAUCUGAGGUCCUGACCAUGCCGUCUGACACAGAGUCCCCCAUCAGAAUGAGAUUUACACGAGUGACGAGGAGAAAUAACAGGAGGCGACCCGGAUCAUGCUCUGGCGAAGAAGCGUUCCUGCCGGGAUGUAAUAAGGUUUCUGAAAUCUCCAAGAAAAUCAGCAGAGCCAAGCAGCUUCUCGAGAAAGCAAAAGCCAUCCAGCAGAACCUGGGAAAAGCAGAGACCCCUCAGAGGAGGUCCACACGGCAGAAGAGCCGUGGCACACAGGAACCCAUAGACGAUAUCAGCCGCCAGAAAAUCGUGCAAAAGACGGCAAAUCUCAGAAGUCUAAACGAUGUUUUGGGAAAGAAAGCGAAAACCAAGAGUCUUCCUUCUGCUCAUAAGAAAGAAGUGAAGAAGAAAGAGGUUAAAGGUGGAGUCAUCACUAUUGAGGAUGGUUCUGAGGCCUCUGAAAACUCUCAAGAUGAUGAGCAGUUUAAAGCCAAGAGAGAAUUCCUUAUGAGCGGCUUACCAGAUUCUCUGAAGAGACAGAUCGCAAGAACCUCUGCCAUGAUGGAGGCUUAUUCUGUGUCUGGGUCCGCUUUCCAGAGGGUCCUCCAUGUGCAGCAGAGGGACGGUUGUCCCAUGUGGAGCUUGGCCAUGCCUUGCUGCCGUCUGCUGACUACUUUCUCGCCGUCGCGCGGCAGUGUGCUGGAUAUUCUGCGCGUCCCGCUCUCUCUCGGUGAUGUCACCUGUGUAAAAUCGAAGUCUGCCGUCCAGACGCUCCCUGCACUGGUCACCAGGAGACGGCUCUUCUCCGAGGUCAUCCGUGACUGUCUGCUUGAAGAGAUUCGAUGGUACAAUCCACAAUUCCCAGUCAGACGAUUCUUGAAGCAAUUCCUCACAAGGCAGAAUGAUUACCUUUCCCUCCAGGAAGCACACAAGCCAGCAGCAGCAAAGCAAAUCGAAAAGUCUCUGAAACUGACAGAUGGCGACAUAUCCUCUACCGACUCUGCCGUACAGGAGACUGGCAGCGGGGCAAAGCGGAAGCGAAAUGAUUCUCUUGGCAAAAAGUCUAAGAGGAGGAAAGCUUCUAGGAGUACAGGUGAUGAGGACGAGGCACAGACUGACAGGGCUCCGGCUUCUAAGGGGCAGCUACCAAGAUCUGCUCGGAGGAAGAGUAGCGGUCCGCCCACAGAGCCCGACGUGGUGAUUAUAAAGGAGGAGGACCACCCAACGCCGGUAGCUGAAGAUGCGGUCGGGGAGGACGUUUUGUGGACAGAAAAAUAUCAGCCUCAGAAUUCCAGUGAAUUAAUAGGAAACUCUGCAGCAGUCGGACGGCUACACAGCUGGCUGAGGGAGUGGAAGAUCAGAGCAGAGAAGGAGGAGAAGAAGAAGAAUCGGAUGCAGAAGACGGGAAAGGACAAGGAUGAUACCUGGAACGCCGGGGACUUCCAUGACAGUGAGGAGAGUGACGAGGACUCCCUGUGUAACACUCUGCUCAUCACCGGGCCCCCGGGAGUAGGUAAAACGGCCGCUGUCUACGCCUGUGCUCAGGAGCUGGGAUUUAAGGUGUUUGAGGUGAACGCUUCUUGUCAGCGCAGUGGGCGUCAGAUACUGGCACAGCUUAAAGAAGCCACACAGUCCCACCAAGUGGAGCAGCAGGGGGUGAACGCACACAAGCCCUGCUUCUUCAACAGCUCCAGCAGCACCAGGUCUCCCAGAAAACUGAACUCCCCGAAGAGAGUAGUCUCCUCUCCACGUAAGCCGCCUGUCUCGCCCAGAGGACCCGGCUUAAAGAAAGAACUGGCACCCAAAUCCUUGGCAAACUUCUUUAAAGCGGCACUCAAGCAGAAACAAGAAGGCAAGAAAACAACCUCCGAGCUUGUCAGAGCUCCACAGCCCGGCCAAGAUGGAAAAGCUUCCAGACCGCAUCCUUUUGUAACAGAUAAAGAGUCCGGAUCAGAGGAAUCUCAACGGAAAUCUGCCACGUCCCUCAUUCUUUUUGAGGAGGUUGACAUCAUAUUUGAUGAUGAUGUUGGAUUUUUAAGCGCCAUCAAGACGUUUAUGAGCACAACCAAGCGGCCUGUGGUUCUUACGAGCAGUGAUCCUCUGUUUGGGAUGAUGUUUGAUGGAGCAUUUGAGGAGGUCUCCUUCCAUACUCCUUCUGUGGUAAAUGUUGCCAGUUUCCUUCAGGUUCUUUGUUUGGCCGAGAACCUCAGGACGGACCCCAAGGAUGUCAGGAGGUUUGUGGCUGCCAGUAGAUGUGACGUCAGGCAGAGUGUCCUGCAGCUGCAGUUCUGGGCUCGCAGCGGAGGUGGAGGAUUGAGGGAGAAGCCGCUGCUGCCUCCUGAUAACCAGAAGCUGAGCGAGGCCAGUGAUGUGCCGGGGUGCAGUGUGGGGUGUGCCGAGAACCUGCUGGGUGUAAAUAACAUCAUCGCCCCGACUGACAGCGUCAUCUCCUUUCUGAAGGAGAAGAUCCAGGAGGCGGCGGAGUGGGACAAGAUCCUGCUGCUGUUGGCAGAGUUUCACACCAGGAAGGUUUAUUUUACAUCCAGUAAUUUGGCGUUCCUUUUGCCAUUACCUGUGCACGUGGGGUCACCAGUGGCCCCUCCUGUCUGCGAGUACCAGGAGCGGGCCCCGCUGCCUGACGAUGACGGCAGUGUGAAGCAGUCUGCAGCCAUGAAACGCAGGAGGAAACUGGUGCUGCUGCUGAAUGACAGUGAUUUGUUUGAGAGCGACUCCAACUCUCUGGAUGAGGUCCUCGCUGUGAGCACGAAGCAGCCCGAAGAGAAGGCCCCACCGGUCAGUGCGGUCAGGGUUGUGAAGAGGACGCUCUCCUCAGCAGAGCUGCAGGCUUCCCUCCUGGUCUCUCAGUGUCUGGACUCCAUGGCAGAAUUUGCAGACCACAUGUCCUCUCUGGACUGCUCCACUUCUGACACUGCGGAUCCCGCUCACAUCUGUGGUCCUAACUGGACAGAGAGCAGAUUAAAGCAUGGCCUGUGUGACGGGCUGCGGACAGACAGCAGGGACUGGUGGAGCGCGCAGAGCUGUGCCGAGAUCCGGGCCCUCAUGGAGGCGCUCGCCUUCCAGAAGUGCUCAGCCAAGCUUUCUAAAGCCCUGGACUCUAAUCUGGACUUGUGCAAGCAGUCUGGUAGAGACCCGACGGAGGAGCUCACCCUGCACGUCCCCCAGGCCCGGGAGCAGCUGUACUUUGGCCAGCCGGCCGCCACUACUGGCAGCGCAGAGAGGCGGUUGUCGGUGGUGAAGGAUGUGCUGUCCCAUCGAGCCUUCAUCAGCCUGGGGAACAGAGAGGUAAAUGUGACGGAGUAUCUCCCGGCCCUCCGCAGUAUCUGCCGCUUACAGAAGGCGAAAGAGGAAGGCAAGACCAAAAGGAGGUUCCUUCACUAUCUGGAGGGAAUCCAUCUGGAGUUACCCAAAGCAACACUAAGCAGUCUGGCGGUGGACUUUCCCUGACCGUGCACUAUGUGGCGGUGGAAUCAUGCACUUCCUUCAGACCUUUCUGUUUUGUACAAAGGACAACUUUAUAAUUUAUCUCCCUGAAUCUUGUUAUUUUGAUGAUUAUGUUCACCCCGUCUCGGGCGGCUCUGCUCCUGAGUGACCUUUUAGAUUGUUUGGUUUUUAUUGUUCCCAGAAUUUAUGUAUUUACAAAUUUGAAUAUUUUUUGUUUUUAUAUUCUGGAAUAUUAAAAGAGGCUUUAAAUAAAGUCCCAUCUACCUCUGUG